CCGCUAACUGGAGGGCAAAACAAUGGACCAAGAUGGCGGCUCACAGUGAAUUAUCCGUAGCAGGGAAGCACAAGCCUGUCAACUUUCCAUCUGUUCAAAGCCACGAAUAUUUAGAUCAUCUAUCAACAUCAGAAAAACGAAGAUACGAGCACAAACUACAGGUUUUGGGGACCUGCGAUCCAUAUACAGCACCCGCCGCAGUAUUUAUUUCACUAAAAACAGCGAAGUCGCUGCCAGAACCCCACUUUGGCGAUGUUUACAUUUAUCUUGUGGAGACUCCCUCACCUUACACGGUCGUCAGGAUGAAAGCCUACAAAAGUACGGACAGUUACAUGUAUUUUCGAUCUGGAUGGGUCAAUAAUGCUGCCGUUUGGGAGGUGAAGGACAAGAAAUUCUUCAUUGUCAAAGCAAAGUGCCGUGUCAUACAAAAGGAGACAAGACUACAAUCAAAAUGUGCCAUGUGGUUUGACCAGAAGGCAGGAAGGGUGACUGCGUCAAACAUCCGAGCAGCCUGCCACACGGACCCAGACAAACCAGCUGUCUCCUUGCUGAAGAAGCUGUGCUAUCCUGUGGCCUUCAAGGACCCAAACAACAACACACCACAUUCUCUCAGGUGGGGCAUUGAACACGAGAGAAAAGUAGUUGAGGAGUACACCAAGAUGAUGGAAAAGUUCCACAUCAAUCUCACUGUCAAGAAGGCAGGGCUGGUCAUCAACCCCCAGUACCCAUGGUUAGGGGCAUCCCCAGAUGGCAUACUAACAUGUGACUGCCAUGAGAUGGGUGUGUUGGAGGUAAAGGCACCCAGCAGCCUUCAGAAUAGCACUUUGAUGGAGAAAUGCAAACAGGACAGCAUGUUUUGUCUCCAAAAGGUUGAGGGGAAGCUUUCAUUGAAGAGGGACCAUCAGUACUUUUGUCAGGUGCAGACUCAAAUUCACCUGACACAGGCAAGCUACUGCGAUUUUGCUGUCUGGGGACCAGGGAAAGAAGGCAAAGGGGAAAUCCACAUUGAGAGAAUACUGCCUGACACUGACUUUUUUGACACCAUGUGUGAAAAGGUUCACAUUUUUGUACAGAAAUGUGUCAUUCCAGAGUUAGUAGCAAAAGUGUUUACAGCUCCUGUUCUACCAACAUCCCAUGAUACCAGCAAACCAUCUGAAAGCAAGGGCUGUUACUGUGGGCUGCCUGUCCUGCAGAAUGAAGAUAGACUUGAGUGUAAAUCAGGGAUUUGUAAAAGACAGUAUAUCCACAGAAGUUGUUUAAAACUUGACACCUCGCAUUCAAAAAUGUCAAGUUGGAAAUGCAGUGACUGUAAGCGGGAAAUAGCUAAACAAAAGAAGGAUAACAGGAAAAAAACUUAACAGAAUAGAAGUUUAAAGUGUUUUAUUUAACACAGACCACAUACUUUGAGGCAUAUGUACAUGCAUAGUUUUUGUACAGAGAUGCAUACAGUUAUGAAAGAGAAAUGUGUCUUAAAAACCCAGUUGAACCACUAAUAACAGAAACAAGUUUUGUUAUAUAGACUGGAGUGUCUCUCUGUGGCACAUAUGCUUGUGUCAUGACAACAUACAG